CAGCUCUUUGUACGACUAGGAGGGAAGCAGACAUUAGAUGGCUUGGAUAAAAAUCUCUUUGGUGAUAUUCCAGAGGGCAUCCAGCCGGGAAGUGUUGUGGAAUUUAGUGGCCAUGAGGGAAGUGGAAAGACAGAGAUGCUUCUGCAUUUAAUUGCAAAUUGUAUUCUUCCCAAGACGUGGAAGGAUCUGGUACUGAAUGGACGUUCUAUUGGAGUUGUGUUUGUGGACUCUGAUUAUCAUUUUCAGUUACUGCGACUAGUCACAAUUCUUGAGCAUAGGAUAUUAAAUGCCAUAAGGGAAAUACAAGGAGUUUCCAUGGCAACAGCAAAUAUCAACUGGAACAACUCAACCCACAGUGGUAAUCAGCAAUGUACUUCUGGCUAUCCUGAGAAGUACAACGAUUAUGAAAACUUUAUCAAAACUUGUCUCGGACACUUAUUUAUUGUGCAUUGCAAUAGUAGCCUUCAGAUGUUAGCUACAAUCUUAUCCCUGGAAAAUCUUUUAUCUGCAAAACCAGAGGUUGGGGUCUUUAUGAUUGACAGUUUAAGUGCGUUUUACUGGGUUGAUAGAUAUAAUGGUGGAGAGAGUCUGGCCUCUCAAGAAUCUAACCAACGAAAGAUUGUUGAUGCUUUAGCAAAGUACACACAGCAGUACCAUGUAGUACUGAUUGUCACAAAACAAACAAUUUUUACAUCAUCUGAAAAGUCAAUUCAUAGAGACUACUUAUGCCAGAGUUGGCAAAGACUGGUUAAUUAUCGCUAUAAGUUUGACAGGAAAAAGACACAUAAUGGAGUUGAUUUGAUGUUCUCAGUUUGCAGAACAUACCCAUCUGGCAACACUGUCAGACAGUUUUGCAUAAAGGAAAGUGGCAUUGAGUUUGUAACCUAA